UGACCAGCUUGGAACAGCUCAUGACCUGCUUGGACCAACUCAUGGCCAGCUUGGAACAGAUCAUGACCUGCUUGGAACAGCUCAUGACCAGCUUGGACCAACUCACGACCAGCUUGGACCAACUCAUGACCAGCUUGGAACAGCUCAUGACCUGCUUGGACCAACUCAUGACCAGCUUGGAACAGCUCAUGACCAGCUUGGACCAACUCAUGACCAGCUUGGAACAGAUCAUGACCUGCUUGGACCAACUCAUGACCAGCUUGGAACAGAUCAUGACCUGCUUGGAACAACUCACGACCAGCUUGGACCAGCUCAUGACCUGCUUGGACCAACUCACGACCAGCUUGGACCAACUCACGACCAGCUUGAACCAACUCACGACCAGCUUGGAACAGCUCAUGACCUGCUUGGACCAACUCACGACCAGCUUGGACCAACUCACGACCAGCUUGGACCAACUCAUGAACAGCUUGGAACAGAUCAUGACCUGCUUGGACCAAACCAUGACCAGCUUGGACCAACUCAUGAUCUGCUUGGACCAACUCAUGACCUGCUUAGUGGGCUAAAGCACAUAACUGGUAAUCAGGAGGUUGCUGGUUCGAUCCCCACAGACGCCACCAUUGUGUCCUUGAGUAAGACACUUAACUCCAGGUUGCUCCGGGGGGAUUGUCCCUGUAAUAAGUGCACUGUAUAAUACAUUGGUACUCAGAAGGUUGCUGGUUUGAUCCCCACAGUCACCACCAUUGUGUCCUUGAGUAAGACACUUAACUCCAGGUUGCUCCGGCGGGAUUGUCCCUGUAAUAAGUGCACUGUAAGUCACUUUGGAUAAAAGCGUCUGCCAAAUGCAUAAAUGUAAAUCUAAAAUGUAAAGUCACCGAUUUGCAUUAUUCUUAGCAUACUUCUUAAAUUGACAAGCCCUCAUCUCUGAAAAUUGGGAGGGGCAAAUACUUUUUCACAGCACUGUAUAAUAAAUAUAUAUAUAUAUAUAUAUAUAUAUA